UUUCUUCAAUCGCCGCGAAGAUUUCACAGCGUUUGGGCGUGUUUUUUCCGUUUCUGCCACAGCAAAUCAGCAAAUCCCACAUAUGCGGGCCCAAUUAAUUCAUAAAUAAUAUACCGAGCGAACAGGAAGAACGCCGUCACGGUUCUGCUUUUAAUUAAGAAUAUUGAUUUAACAACUUUCGCGAUAAGUCAAACUCCACUUCAAAUUCGCAUCUCUCUCUGUACGCGAAUGUUUGUGAGUGUGUGUGUGUGUGGGCAGAAUUUGUAUUAGUGCGUGAGCAAAUUAUUGUAUAAUCGCCAAAAAAAAAAGAAACAAUAAAAGCAAAACGCCAACGCGAAAAGCAAAAGCUAUACAAUUAGAAAAACUAGCUGAGCUGCGAUACAAGGCAAAACUAAAUUGUAUGACUAAAAUUUGUGCGUUGAACUAAAAGAAAAGUACAAAUAUCGAAACAUUCAAAAACUGCCUGACCUACUGAGUUGAAUGAUUACCCCGAAGUAAUUAUAAAGUUAAGCUGCCACAAAGAAAACCAGUUGAGCCACUGGAAAUCGAGCACGAAACCAGCUGAUCCACUGAAAAACCCUCUGCACCCAGCACAACCAACCCAUCGAGCUGCUGAAUCCAUCGAUUGCCCAGUAGUACCACCAGUACAGCAUCAUCAUGCAGGCCAUCAAGUGUGUGGUUGUGGGCGACGGAGCGGUGGGAAAGACCUGCCUGCUGAUCAGCUAUACGACCAACGCCUUCCCGGGCGAGUACAUACCCACUGUGUUCGACAACUACUCGGCGAAUGUGAUGGUGGAUGCCAAGCCCAUCAAUCUGGGCCUCUGGGAUACGGCUGGCCAGGAGGACUACGAUCGCCUGAGGCCGCUAUCCUAUCCGCAAACGGAUGUCUUUCUCAUCUGUUUCUCACUGGUGAAUCCGGCAUCGUUUGAGAACGUGCGGGCCAAAUGGUUUCCCGAGGUGCGUCAUCACUGCCCAAGUGUGCCAAUAAUCCUCGUCGGCACCAAGCUGGAUCUGCGCGACGAUAAGCAGACGAUCGAGAAGCUGAAGGACAAGAAGCUGACACCGAUCACCUAUCCCCAGGGACUGGCGAUGGCCAAGGAAAUAGCUGCGGUCAAGUAUCUGGAGUGCUCGGCCCUGACCCAAAAGGGUCUGAAGACGGUCUUCGACGAGGCCAUACGAUCCGUGCUAUGUCCUGUCGUUCGAGGACCCAAGAGGCACAAGUGCGCUCUGCUCUAAGAACUUUGAACCCACCCAAAACAAAAAAGCGAAGAAGAACUCCAACAAAAACAAAAAAAA